AUGACAGUGGACACCAACAAUGAAAUCUUUGCACAGGACGCUGCGUUCUGGCAAAACUACAGCAAAGGCCGUCCACAGCCCCCACCCAGUCUAUUCCAACGUAUCUACGAUUAUCAUAGGCAGCAUCACGGUCAAUUUGGCGUGGUUCACGACGUUGGCGCUGGAAACGGAGUCUACUCGCGCCUCCUGCGAUCUCAAUUUCAACAUGUUAUCGUCUCGGAUGUCGUCCCCGGGAACAUACAACAGGCCGAAAAGAGAUUGGGCAUGGACGGAUACACCUACCGCGAGGGAAAGAUGGAGGAGAUCAGAGAUAUCACGGACGGGUCGGUGGAUUUGGUCAUAGCUCUGAACGCCAUUCACUGGGCGGACCAAACAGCAGCCAUGAAGACCAUCGCAGCUCAACUAAAGCCCGGCGGUACGUUCGCCGCUGCAACCUUUGGAGCUGCGCGGUUCCGCGACGAUCGGGUCCAGAAUGUAUGGGAUCGUAUCAUGACAGAGGGUGGGCGACUUUUGUUGAAGACCGCUGAGAACCGCAGGGACACGAUCAACGUCAUGGCUCGUAGCCAGGAUCGUUACAAUGUGGCACCCCUGGAUGAGGGGUUCCAGCCUGGUGUACGACGCAUCUUCUUGAACAUGGAUAGAGGGGGGUUGACGGGGAUCCUGCCACCUGAGAAUCGGGGAGAUGUGACGGAUCCCGACUUUACUGGGCCGAAUGAUGUUUUGGUGGAUGAACGAGAUGAGGAAUGGCGAUUUGAGUUGAGUCUGGAGACUUUCCAGGAGCAUUUUCGGUCAUUUCCUCAUGCUGCUCGGGAUCCUGAGACUUUUGCACCGCUCUGGAAGGAAGUGGAGGAUUUGGUCCGACAAGGACAUCGGCUUGAUGGAUAUUGGCCUGUUGCUUUGAUUCUCGCGACGCGGAACAUUGACAAAGUCCUGUAG